GACCUCUGUUGUGUUCUUGGGGCGGAUUCAGUGUAUCGUGUAAUGUCCGCCAUCAUCAUCCAUCUCCUCCCGCCGCGUGACUGCUUUGUCUUGGUGCAAGCGUUGAAUCGCAUUCUACUCACUCAGACCGCACUACACGACUUCCGUAUGCGUCUUCGGACAAUCAACACAUCAGUGAGCUUUCCAAGUUUGACUUUUCUGAUAAAUUUCGCCACAUCCUAA